UUUCUUGUAGAAUGUCAAGUCGCCGAAAGGCUGCUCCAAUACGUCGAUUACCUAGUCAAAACGCUCUUCUUCAACAACAACAACAACAAUUAUCUUCUUCAAAAUUAAUUAAUAAUUCCAAAAUUUCUGAUCCUCGUCUUAACGAAAAAAUUAGCAAUAUUAACCAAAGUAUUGACCAAAAAGAGCAAUCAAAUAAUUUAUUAAUUAAAAGCAAUAAAAAUAAUUAUAAUAUUAUGAAUUUGACUUGUUCUGCUUCGGAAAAUAAUCCUUCAUCGUCGAGAUUGAAGGAAGAAAUGGAAGAGAAUGCUUUAAAUGAAGGAAGGGAAGAGGAGGAAGGAAUUGACUCUAAUUUGAAAGAAGAGGAAGAUAUGGAAGGAAAUGAAGGGGAAAUGGAAGAGGGAGAAGAAGAGACUGAUGAAGAAAUGGAAGAAAAUAAAAAUGAAGAGGAUGCCCAGAAAGAGGAGGAAGAAAGGGAUGAAUAUAAGGAAGAGGAAGAAGAAAUUCUGACAAUAAAAAGAAAGAAAAUUAAUAAAAAUUUGGCUGUAGAUCCCCAAAUAGCUUCGACUAGUUACUGUCAUGAUAUUAAAGGAAAUUCUGUGAAGGACGAGCAAAAGGGAGGGGAAGAGGAAGAUCUCAUGAAUACAGAACCAGGGGAUCAACAAUUAUUAAAUAAGCCUUUUCAACACCAACAAUUAUCAACAACAACAUUUUCCCCCUCAACAUUACCCCAUAAUAAUUGUAUCGCAAAACACCAAACAUUUACCGAUCCCAACAUCCAAACACCCCAAAAACAAACUUUAAAUUUCAAACAAAACAACAACAAAGUUUAUUUAAAUGAACAACAACAAAAUGUUUUGGAAGAAACAUUUGACGAAAACAAACUUGAAAAUAAACUUGUUUUGAAUGGGGCAAGCAAUGUUGUUGUUAAUGGAGAAAACUUGAAGCAUGAAAAUGAAAGGUGGGGGUUUGAAAUUUUUUUGAAAAUUAAAAAAAUUUUUUUUCCGAAAUUUUCAACUUAA